AACGGCUUGAGCGGCGUUGCUAUGGUGACCGCCCCAGCUGUUGCGUGACUGGGAGAGAAGAGAGUAGCGAAUGCGGAGAGAGAGGCGGCGGGACCGCGGCAUGUGGUGAGCGGGAACCGGGUAACUUACCUAAAGGUAAGGUUUAAUCCGAUGGAUGUUAAAAUGUAUGCCCGGACUGAAUGCAUAUGAAGAUAAGCAAUUCCAGCUUAGAGGGGAAAAAAAAUCUAAUUCUGACUUUAGCUGGAAUAUCCUAAAAGAUAAGAAAAUGCCCUUGUGCCUGUUUGAGUGCCUUUGCGAGGCAGAUCUGCAGCAGUACUAUCCCCGUUUUGCAGCUGUCGGCCUCCAAAAAAUAGAUGAGCUUGCGCAGAUCACCAUGAAGGAUUACUCCAGGUUGGGCGUUGAAAGGAUGGAGGAUCGCAAGCGUCUCUUUCAGCUUAUCCAGAUCAUCCAGAGUGUGGCAGAAGAGGAUAAGAAAGAGAGGACCCCCCUACAGCCUGGCUGUGUCUACCCCCAGCUCCUACAUGAUAGAUCCGGUGCUAGGAGACAGCUGCAGUUUGAUGCCUCCAUAGAGGAAACUCUGGGUACAAUUGCACAGUCUGAAUUUUGUCAUAUUCGUUCUAUGAAUAACCCAGGGGACUCGGUUAGUACGGCCUCUCCGGCUGAUCCACGGUACUGUAGGAAUAUCCAUAGCAGCGGCACAGAGGCUGACACAACGUGCAGUGCAAAGACACAGAACACUAAAACUCUUCCACACAGAGGAUCAGCCCCCGACCUCAGCGAUGGCGAGAUCCCCAUUAUUCACAGAGUGGCUCAUGUUUUGGGGUACAACUAUGGAGUUCCCCAGACUUGCAGAAGGCUUGAUCCUACAGAGAAAAAGCGACCUUGGACAGAAACGGACAGAAUUCGGGUGUGCGUCCGCAAACGUCCUCUGAGUUCACGGGAAGAGCGACGAGGGGAAGUUAAUGUUGUCUCGGCAGAGGAAAAAGGAACUAUAACAAUCUACGAGAGAAAGGAAGCUGUAAAUCUCAAAGAAUAUAUUCUCCAGCACGCAUUUUAUUUUGAUGAAGUCUUUAGUGAAACAUUCACCAAUCAGGACGUUUAUAUGAGGACCGCCUACCCACUUAUUCAGCAUGUGUUUAACGGAGGAAAUGCCACCUGUUUUGCUUAUGGACAAACCGGCGCUGGGAAAACCCACACCAUGAUUGGAACCCAGAAGAACCCCGGUCUCUAUGCCCUGGCAGCGAAAGACAUCUUUCAGCAACUGGCAACAGUUCAACUUAAAAGUGACUGCAAAGUGUGGAUCAGUUUCUAUGAAAUCUAUUGCGGGCAGCUUUAUGACUUGCUAAAUGAAAGGAAAAGAUUGUAUGCAAGAGAAGAUGGCAAACAUGUUGUGCAGAUUGCUGGACUUCGCGAAGUUCAAGUCAGUAGUGUAGAAUUAUUGUUGGAGAUGAUUCUGAAGGGCUCAAGAGAGCGCAGUACUGGUGCCUCGGGGGUGAACUCUGACUCUUCUCGCUCUCAUGCCGUAAUUCAGAUUCAAAUGAAGAAUUCCAAGAACCGAAAGCUCGGAAGAAUAUCAUUUAUUGACCUGGCUGGCAGUGAGAGAGCCUCGGAUGCCAAAGAAUCUGAUAAACAAACCAAACUGGAAGGUGCAGAAAUCAACCAAAGUCUUCUCGCCCUAAAAGAAUGCAUCCGGGCCCUGGACCAGGAGCAAGCUCAUACUCCUUUCCGACAGAGUAAACUAACUCAGGUAUUAAAAGACUCUUUUAUCGGAAACUCCAAGACCUGUAUGAUCGCUAAUGUAUCUCCAAGCCACAUAGCUACAGAGCACACUCUCAACACAUUGCGUUACGCAGACAGGGUGAAAGAGCUAAAAAGGGGCACCACAUCUCACUCUGCCCACGGCCGACCGGCUGCCUGCGUCUCCCCAAAACGUGUACAAAAUGCACCUGCUGGGUCUGGAGACAAAAUCUCUCCAAAGAAGGUGAAACUGGGACAGCAGCACAUCUCCGCCUCGCACCAAGCAAAAUCUAAAUCCUGCCCAUCUGUCUUCCACCCCACCAUUAUUCCCCUUUCAUCUACUCCAAAAUAUUGUAGCAAGAGCAGCACAGUGAAGGAAAAUGCAAGAGAUGCAGGGCUCAAUCACAUGACACCAGUUAAAGGAACCUUAAGAUCUGGAGCCAGUGGGAAGAAGAAGAAUGGGAAGACAUCAGAUGGUUUAUACCCUAUCUUCCAAAGCCCCACUACUAGUAACACAGAGACCACAUGUGAAAUGAGGAAUAUAAAACGGGAAAACUUUGUUGGUACCCAGAAAGUUCCCAAAGUACAGAUAAUACAAGCGGUUCAGCCCGUGCAAAAGGAAAUAGUCCCACGGCCUGGUUUGUUAGCCAAUCCCAAUUACAGGGCAUUGUCUAAAGGGCUUCCAGAUGAAAUUCCCAGGCCAACUGUUAAUACUGUAGCAGGCCGGGCAGGCGUGCACCCACAGCCGAAGGAAAGAGAGCAGCACCUGCGAUCUUACUACAAGCAGUUUCAGCAGCCACCAAUUUUCCAACAGAAACUGCAUUACCAGCCGUUGGAGAAAAUAUUUGCUCAGUAUAAGCCGCAGUCAAUAAAAGUGACCUCCAGCAUUGAUCCGGUUCAUCCCUCAUCCCCUCUAGAAGACCUCGAUGACAGUGAUUUCAGCGAAGAUUCCUUUUCCUAUUCCUCAAACCAUAAACAGGGAAGAAACGAGGUAGAAGUUGGUGAAAAUAUUUCAUUCUUUCUCCAUCAAGAUUCGCCAGUGAAAGAAUUGGGCAAGUCGGCGGAAAUGAAGAAAGGCUUAUGCUUUAGUGAUAAAGACCCUCAACUGUUUGACCAAGGUGUUGGCUGGAGACAUGGAAACAACGCUAAUACACAGGGGAGGGAACACCCAGACAAAAAUGUGAUGCCAACUAGCUGGAGCUCAGAAAUGGAUUCCAGUGCUAUACUGAAUGGAACCAUUGAUUCCCCAGAAAAGCCCUAUUCCUCUCAGGAGGAUCUGGAAACCCCUUUAAGCAAAAGAACUACAUGGCACAACCCUAACCUUGACAAAGGGAUGGGCUCCUCUCUAAACUGUUCCUUCAAAGAACAUUCUGUACACAGUAAAGCAAAAGGCCCUUGUGAAGGAUGUGUCAGUGUAUCGUCCCAUUCGGUCUCUGGUGUCAUGGCACCGCUCACUGUUUCUCUUCUGCAAGAUAACUGGUCCUUUUGGUCUGAUCCUUGUUUGGCCCCUCAAGAACUAUCUGCCAGAUCAGAAAAUGGUGCUAAGAAUUUAAACUGUAUUGAAGGCUGGUCAGUAGAUGCACCACCAACAUUGGGCAAAAUACCUACUGAUGAACCAGGUGGCCAAAGUCAUGAAUCAGCGACGGACAAGCAGUGUAUCUGCUCUAAUAAGGCUCUAAAGUCUUUCUGUGGGGAGAAAGGGUGGUUCCCAGGGAACAGCGGUCAGUCAUAUAGUUCCUCUUCUUCUAGAUCUCCGAGUGCCUUUGUGCAUCAGGAAUGGAGUGUAAAAGGCUCCAGAAAUGCAAGUUUAUCAGCCAGGGGCAAGCAGAGUGACUCUUCCCAUUUAACAGAUACUUCCUUAGAUGUUUUGCUAAAGUCUAGUGGGCAACAUGGCAGCCGCUUCUAUGAUGCAGAUACAGAAGACACCACUGAUGGUCUGAAGGGUGUGGGAAAUGGAAAUAAAGCCGAGGAGGAGAGUCCGUUUGGGAGAUCCACGGACAAGAAUAUAAUUGAUUCUAAUGACUUGCCUGCCAUUGCAGCAACUGAUGAAGUGUUAAACUGUAACAUGGAGCACCCAAGCUUUAAGGAAGAUUUCAGGUUACCUUUAAGAGAUGAUGAACUGGAGUGUCUGAAAGCCAAACUCCUUCAGUGUCUCUUCAGCCAAGGAGACCUCAAAAAAGAACCACCACCAAACUGUGUAAUGGACAUACCGAGCCCUAAAAACUCAACCUCUGUAGACGGGGAGAUUUGUCCCUCCAAAGGGCCAGGCCACAAACCAAGAGCCCUGGAAAGAGCUCAGCAGCUGGUUAUCCAAGCGCACCGCGAGCAACUGAAUGAAAUAGCGGAUUUGUGCUCCAGGGAGGAGGUGCUACUGAGCCAUAUCAAUUUAUCUGAUUUUACAGAAUACGCAAGCAAACUGGAUGAGAUUCUAACGCUGAAGUGUAAAUGUAUCCAGAGCAUGCAGGCCCAGCUGCACUUAUUCCUGGCUUAUUCACCAGCACCGGCACCCAGAGACAAAGCCUUGGCUUCUUAGCACUGCAGCCAGCAUCAACCUCUUCUUCCUGAAAAUGGUUUUAUGGUUUUAUCACCUUCCUCGAAGCCAAACUGAGGGGCAAAUCUUCUAACGCGGGUUAUAAAUAGGUUUGAUUGGUCAGGGAUAUAAAACAUAGCUGUGCAGCUUUCACUGGGCUGCAAAUAGGACAUGGCCUCUCCUAGCUCUGUAAGUUAAUAUUCCCUUGUACUAAACACAUUUCAGCAGGAACACACAAGCUACUUAAUAGCAGCUACUUGUCAUGGCUACUAAACACCAGAAAAUCCCCUGCCAUAGACAAUACUGAGAAUUGCCUCUGCUAAAACAAAUGUACAGGCAAUUAUCAGUAAAUUAUCAGCAUUGUCCGUUUUUAUAGCAGUAAGAAGUAGCUGCUACUAGUAGCUCCGUGUGUCUUCAAUCUGAGGGCAGGGGUACAUGGGAAGAUUAGUCGCGCCGCAACAAAUCUCCCCGCAAUGCCAUCCCACUGGCUAGAAUGUACAUCGCCGGUGGGAUAUCAUACACAUCGCUGUGAUGUCCUGCAGUUGUCUUCAGAGGAAACUUCGGCCGACUGCGGGACAUAGUGCCGACGUGUAUGCCAUCCCACCAGAUAUUUACUUUCUAGCCGGUGGGAUGGCAUUGCAGGGAGAUUUGUCGCCGCGCUACUAAUCUCCCCAUGUACCCCUGCCAUGAUGGUAAUUGCAAAACAGUUGCCAUUUCUCUAAGGGCCAAGACACACGGGACGAUUAUUUGCCGCGACUAAUCUGCGUAGCGAAAACUCGCGAGCAAUUGGUCGCAUCGUUUUCUAUUCUACCCUAUUGCAGAAAAGUUGCUGUGAUUAGUUGCUGCGACAGACAUACUUAAAAGUCGUGAUGAAUAAUUGCCCCGUGUGUCUUUUCCCAAUGUUUGCUUAUGGCCUGAUAUCAUCUAUGCCAGCUUCUCUGGGCACUGCACAUUACUAGGGAUAUAUCUCAGGUUCAACGCACAUUUCAAAUGAAAGAGUCUCAAGCCUGGAACCCCAAUAUGAGAAAGAGAAAUAGGCUGGGGGUGCUGGGAGCUCAGGAAAUCCCUGAUGUUUAUGCUAUCUAUCAAUUCUUUACUAUAGUAUUUAUUAUAGUAUUUGCCCCUAGGUUUGUUGGGUAAAAUGCUUUCUGGGUAAUAGGUGUCUUUAAGGCAUCUGCUGAAAUCACAACUGAUGUUUGACAGAACAAUUCACUAUAAAUGAGCAGAAAGGCCACGCCCCUUGUAUCAUUGAGAGGAGGGAGCCCCUGACUAUAUGCAAUGGGCAUUAAGCCUUUAUACACUAAUUCCUCAGGGGUUACAGCAGGAAAGCAAUAGCGGUGUAAGACAUGGACAACCUGUCGGCAUUUGGACUUUUAUUUAUACUCUUAUUUAUUGGUUUUCCUUGAUUAUAUCACCGUUUGAUAAACAGUUACAAUUUCCAGAUGGCAAUGUGUUGAUUUCUUACAAAUAAAAGCAAUAUGCUGUCA